GUGUCAGCGUCCACCGCGCUCGCAUGGCCUUGACUCGCGGAAGCCCAGAGCCCCAUGCCCGCGCUCUGCCCUCAGCAUGGACGUACUCUGACGGUGGAAGCACCCUGCAGGAGGCCCAGGAGGCGCUCGAUUCGUACAAGAAGAAGGACGGCAACAAGGUCGUUGUCCGCUUCAAGGCAGUGGGAAAUGCGCCGAUAAUGAAGCAGAACUUCUACAAGAUCACCGCGUCGAACAGGUUCCAGGCCGUGAUACAGUUCCUACGCAAGGAGCUGGGGUGGAAGCAAGGCGAUCCUCUGUUCACGUAUAUCAAUCUCGCGUUUUCGCCCGCCCCCGAUGAUACCGUCGCCAAUCUGUUCAAGUCAUUUUCAACGGAAGGCCAUCUAAUAGUCAACUACAGUACGACUGCCGCUUGGGGCUGACCUACCAGAACUCUGCCAGCUGUAUUGGUCCGAUAUAUUCCCAUUGUACAGUAGUCUUU